GGCCCCAUUGUCGUGUCCUAGGUUACGCAAUCGCAAGCUAAAAUGUCAACAGGGUCAGUGGAAUUUUAGAACGCAGGGGGGAAUGAGAUUAGUGUAAAUUACAGCGUCCAUUCUAUUCGGAAGCCUUUUGACACAGAUAUGGAGCAACAACCAUUGAAGGAAGAACCAGGAAGCUCGCCUUUGAGUUCCGGACUUAAAGAAAGCGGUCUGACAAAAGAUAACUCCAGAAUCGUUAACAAGCGUACGAUCAUUGUCUGCGGUAUUCUAAUAUUUGUGUUACUGAUUUUGGUAAUCGUUUUGGGAGCUUUGCUCGGGGCCGAAAGACAGAGAAAUAAAGGUAAGUACCAACAACAUAGCAUUUGGAAAAUAGAGCAUGGUUCAGCUUCGGACACAAGGCCCCACGGGGCAAAAAGAACUGAGGAACUAUACCUCACUAAUGAGUAAGAUGUAUGUAAACGCACCUCAUACCACGUGCUUAGAGACAGCUUUGCAAAGAAACAGAGCUACUAGACCUUGCUUAGGUUUUAUAGUAAGAAUUUUUGGAGCGGCUCGGUUGUUUUGCAUCUUGCAAAUGAAGAUGUGUGAUGCGUGACGCAUCGUAAAUAAUGCGUUGCUACUGUAGUCGAUCCGAUCUAUCUGCAAUCCGAAAAGCAUGAAUUGAAGUUAUCAAUCUGGGACCUCUGCCCAUUAAAUCUAGUGCGUAGGAAGUCUGCCGGGCUGAAGAAAGCUAUUUUUGGCGUGGGUUUUUGGAUGAUUUGUUUCGGAGUUACUUAGUCGUCUGAUACACAGUUGAUACACAGUUGAGUUCCUUUCUCAUGUGAUUUCUGGCUGAUAGCUACUAGCGCAUUAUAUUUUCAGUUCUUGUCGUAACACUACGGAUGACAGCAGAAGGCGAUAAACAUCUCGCAAUCAUUUUAGGAUUGCGCGCGAUUUUAAGCAACAAAAAUGUUCCUUGUAGAAAAAUAUUAUAUAUUUACAUAUAUAUAUAUAGAGAGAGAGAGAUAGAGAGAGGUGUGAUCGGUCCGAAGAGAGUAUUUUACCGUUUAAAUCAGCGAAUUAUGUAGAUCCGAAGAUAUAAUCGUUUUUAAAAGUUCUUGUCCUGACACUACAAAAGAUGAUAAACAUCUCAGAAUAAUUUCACAGCGGCUUCCUCUGACGCAUAAUUUAAAGCAAAACUUUUUCUUACAGAAAUAUCUCAGUUAAUGUGAUCUGCACAUCAUGGAAGCUUUGAAGUAAUCCUUUUUUUUCCUUUGAAAAGAGAGUAUUUUAUCGUUUGAAUCGGCGAGUUGGCUUCGAAAUACGAUACCUUGAGUUAUUCCACAGAAUUAUAAAACGGUGGAACAGUAAAUUGGCGGAAUGGCGGAUUAUCGGAUUAUCUCAAAGGACUAGUAGGGUCCUGAGAAGUAUUCUUUUUCUUUCCACCAAAAAAACCUAAUACAAAGAUAGAAUACUCCACAAAGUUUCAGCCUCCAUAAUGCUUCCUUACCAUAUGAAAUUAUUGCAAGAAAAUCGAGCAAUAAGGCUGCUAUCUUGAUUACGUCCCCAUCUUGCAUGUCAUCAUCGAGCUCAACCUUGUCAGGAAACAAACAUGGCUGCAGUAGAGCAUCACUUCGAGUCAGAUUCAGUCAGAAAGUCAGACGUGAUACUUAGCAGUUUGAACAGGUUGAUUGCGUUCGUGGUAAACUUAUCGAAACUGAAAGUAAGUGCAUCUGUUGUCUCAAACAGUCCAAAUCGGAAAACAGGUGUACGGAAUUUAUUUCAUGAACUUUGUACUUUUCUGCCCUUCAGUAUGCAUGCAACUCGGCAUCACCAUCAAUUGAUUAAGACCAUUCGAUCACUAUAUGAUUAUGUGAUAAAGACUUGUUCUUAAGACUCCCCUUGGAAAUUGAGCCUUGCCAAAAUGCGACAUGUUAAAAUUAUUCUAUGUAUAAAACUACUUGUUUUUCAUAUUACUAUUGCUGUUGUUGUUGUUGUUUUUUUUUUCCCUUCAAAAAGGCAAGCUUUCAACCAACACCUGUAAAAUAAACAUUGAAGGUGGUUUGGUUUUUUUGCUUCAAAUACCACAAAACAAGCUCUUGAAUCAGUGACUGUUUUGACACUGUUUAGAUGUUACCUCACAUGCCAAAAUGGUGAUGUAUUGUAUUACAGAUCACAAAGUGUCUUCAUUUUCUUAAUAUUGGUUUGUCUUAAGAACAGCAAUUAUAGGCUAAGAAAUGUAUAUGUUGAAUUGAUAUUUAUGCACAAGGCACCCCAGGUAGGUAAGAGUGAUACAUCUCAGCUUCGUAGUCUGUAUUUCAUAAUGUGCAACAGUAUUAUCUUACGUAAAAAAUGGUCACUUGAAGCUUUGCCCAAACAGUCAAGGUUGUCAGGCAUCUACGCCAUGCUUAUAACUUGUUUGAAGUGACAGGCUGUUUUAAAUUUCUCAUUCACUGGCAGUCUUGGUUGCCUUGUGGCUGUUAGCACCAUAAACAUAAUGACUAGAGGAUCUAAUAGAUGUCUAUUUACAUAAGCUGCAUCAUGCAUGGUUGUCACAGGUCCACGGGAAAAAGUAAAGGAAAAAUAAAUUUAUUCAAGAUCAGGGAAAACUUUAACCCUUUAACUCCCAGAUAAAAUUUGAAGUUCUCCUUAAUGUCAACCAUAGAAUUCAUAUAAUGUUAGUUCAGAGAAUUAAGUAUUGGAUCAACUAAUUAUCCCCAAAUUGAAAUUUUUCUCAAUUUUCAUCACUUAUCUGUUUGAUAUUGCAUUGAUAUUGUAAGGAGAAAUUCUGUCUUGGUCACUCAUGGGAGUUAAAGGGUUAAAUGAAGUCAGGGAAAAGUGAAAUUUCAGGUAAAUAUGUUGUUCAUCAUGGCUUGGCCCUCUUUGUGAUGAAAGAUACUGACACUUACAAGUCUUUUUGUGAUGAGAUUUUGUGAUGUGAUGAUGAUCGGUCAGCGGUUAGCAGACAAGAUGGCUGCUUAUUUCUUCACUCUUGAGGAAAUUGUAGUCAAUUUGAGUAUAGUGCUCUGUAGCGUGUGAUAUAUUGUAUCUGUUUAAUAUUGUGAGUAUCUACCAGUAUGCCGUUCACCAUAUUAAUAACAAAGAGGAUCUUGAGAAGAUACAAACUAGAUUAGUAUUUAUUUUCUGAUCUUUUACGAUUUGAUGAAUUAUUUAAAAUGUGUAACUGACACUACUGAUAUGGCCUGUGACUUGGCCAAUUCACUUCCAUCUUUAAGUAUCAAUUCUCCUUGUAACAUCCUGCACCUCACUGAUAUAGAUGCUGACCUAAACAUGCCUUUGGAAAACAAUUUCUGUUUUUGUAGUACUCAUGAUUUUCAUAGUAGUUAUGACAUCAACAAGUGUCUAUUGAGUGGUCAAUCUUUUUCUUUGAUUAACUGUAAUAUUAGGAGCCUAUCAGCUAAUUAUGAUAAAUUGUCAAACAUGUUAUCAGAGCUAUAUUUUCCUUUCUCAUUGAUUGGUCUUACUGAAAUCAAACAGAAAAUUGAUCAGACUCCUAUAUCUAGCACUGAUAUAUGUGGAUAUCAGUAUCUCUCCCAACCAAGCCUUUCCAAUGCUGGGGGAGUUGCUUUCUACAUAAAAAACAACUUAAAUUUUAACAUAAGAUCUGAAUUUACAAUAACUGCUGAUGAUUUUGAAGCCUUAUGGAUUCAGGUACAUAAUAAUUGUCAUUCAAGCUUACUCUGUGGAAUAAUUUAUAGGCAUCCAAAUGGUGACUAAGAAAGAUUUAUUGAAUAUGUGAGCUCCACAGCUGAUAGAAUUAAUCAAGAAAACAAAACUUGUAUAAUCAUGGGAGACUUUAACAUAGAUCUUUUGAAAUUUAAAUCACACUCAGCAACUGAUGGUUUCCUUAAUACUCUGGGUUCUAAUUUUUUUCAGCCCUAUAUAAUGCAACCAACAAGAAUCACAAAUCAUUCAGCAACUUUAAUUGAUAAUAUUUUUUUCAAUUCAAUUGAGCAUUUUACAAUCAGUGGUAAUAUAGUGUAUGAUCUCUCUGAUCACUUUCCCAAUUUCCUAAUUUUUAAUAAAUUUUCAUCACCUCCUAGCAAUGUUAAAAUAUUCAAAAGAGAUUACUCUAAAUUUGAUCAGCAGGCUUUCAUUAGUGAGAUUCAACUAAUUGACUGGGAAACUAUUUUUACAUACAAUGAUAGUGCAUGCAAUAUGUUUAAAUCUUUUUACUUUAAAAUAUCUAGCAUAAUCAACAAACAUAUACAAGUCAAACAACUAUCUAGGAGGGAAGUAAAGCUUAAAUCAAAACCAUGGAUAUCUAAAGCUCUACGAAAGUCUAUUCAAAUUAAAAAUAAUUAUUAUAAGAAAUACCUCAAGACAAAAUCUACCUAUUACCUUACAAAAUUUAAGCUUUACAGGAACAAAUUAAACCAUCUUCUAAAAAUAAGCAAAAAACAAUAUUAUAAUGAAUAUUUUUUUCAAAAUAUUAAGGAUGGUAAAAGGAUCUGGAAAGGGAUUAAACAAAUAGUAAAAUUUAAGCCGCAAACUAGCCAAAGGCUCAUUAAGAUUGUAGAAAACAACUUAGAAAUAACUGAACCUAAACUUGUUGCCGAUGCAUUUAAUGAUUAUUUUGCCAAUAUUGGUAAAAACCUAGAAAGUCAAAUACCAAGUGUAUCCAAUAGCCCAGUGGUAUAUCUGAAUAAUCCUGUAUGUAAAAAUUUUUAUUUUUUUCCGGUAACUUGUAGUGAAAUUGAAACUGAAAUAUCUAAGUUAAAAAAUGGCAAGUCUGUAGGACCAUCAGCAUUCCAAUUGAUAUACUAAAAAUGCUAAAAGCCUAUAUAUCAAAACCUUUGGAGACAGUUUUUAAUGCUUCUAUUUCAACCGGAGUUGUUCCCAGUGAUUUUAAAAUAGCAAAUGUUGUACCCGUGUUCAAAAAAGGAUCACAGUCAUCCUUGUGCAAUUACCGUCCCAUCUCCCUUAUCUCUGUCUUUAGUAAGCUCCUAGAAAAACUUGUAUAUAAUAGACUAAUCAAAUUCUUAGAAAAAAACAAAGUUUUAUUUGAAAACUAAUAUGGUUUCAGAACUAAGCACAGUACUGACCAUGCAAUUCUUUGCAUAAUUGACAAAAUUCAGAAAGCAAUUGAUGAUCGAAGCUAUUCCUGUGGUAUAUUCCUUGAUUUUACCAAAGCAUUUGACACCGUCAAUCAUCAAAUUUUGAUUAACAAACUGGAGUAUUACGGUAUUCAAGGUCUUGCCAAGGAUUGGUUUAUUUCCUACAUCAGUGGCCGACAACAACUUGUUAUUGUCAAUAAUGCAACAUCCAAAAAAUGUAAUGUAAGUUGUAGAGUACCACAGGGAUCAGUACUUGGCCCUCUGUUGUUUUUAUUAUAUGUAAAUGAUUUUCAUUGCUGCUCAGAUAUCUUUGAAUUUCAUCUCUUUGCAGAUGAUGCAAAUUUGUUUUAUAAAAGUAAAACUUUCUCUAUGCUAGAAUCAAACAUAAAUGUUGAGAUAAAUAAUAUUCACAUAUGGCUCUAUGCUAAUAAGCUCUCACUCAAUGUAGAAAAGUCAAAUUUUGUAAUUUUCCACGCACCUCAAAAGAAACUUGAAUGUCAAAAUUUCAUGCUGGCUAUAGAUAAUAAGGAACUUAAGCGAGAGUUCUGUAUAAGGAUCUGGGCAUCCUAAUUGAUUCACACUUGAAUUGGAAACACCAUGUUGAUUGCAUUGUUAAGAAAAUUAGAAGAAGCACUGGUAUCCUCUCUAAACUUCGUUAUUAUGUUGGCCUAGAUAUUUUAUUAAGCUUAUAUUAUGCACUUAUAUAUUCUUUUUUGACCUAUGGAAUAAUUAUCUGGGGAAAUACCUAUAAGACCACUCUUCAACCAAUUUUCAUUUUACAAAAAAGAGCUAUGCGAUUAAUUACCUUUUCUAGAUUUGAUGAGCACUAUAGUCCUUUAUUUAAAUCUCUUGAAAUUAGAAAAUUCCUAGACCUAGUAACUUUUCAUUUAGCAAUCUUUAUGUAUAAAUAUCAUAAUCAAUUAUUGCCAUCAGUCUUUAGUUCUUUUUUUAGUAAAAUUUCGCAAAUCCAUUCCUAUAAUACAAGGCUUGGUGCAAAACAGUCUUAUUAUCUUCCAAAAGCAAAAACAAAUUAUGGUAUAUUCAAUAUCAGAUUUCAAGGUCCAUCAGUAUGGAAUUCCAUUGACGAAGAUAUAAAAUUAUCUUCAUUGUCUUUGUUUAAAAAGAAAGUAAAGCAGCAAUUUAUCAAAGAUUACUAGACAUCUGUAUUGUCUGUGUAACUUUAAAAUGGAAAUAAUACUGUUUUGCAAUGUAUGAAUUUUAGUCUCUUUAAUAUACUGAUAGUUUACCUUUGUGUGCGUUUCUGUACCUCUUUGUUUUUGUGUCCCUGACCUAAAUAUUUAAACAUCUUUUCUUUCAACUGGCUGCCUGGCAUUUUUAACUCUUAGGUUAUUUCGGGCAGCCAGCGCCCCUAUGAUUGUCUGUACUAUUAUUAUAAAUUUUUCUUUCUUGUAUAUUUUGGGGUGAAAAAAUAAAAAAUAAAGUUGUUGUUGUUGUUGUUGUUGUUGUUGUUGAUGAGAUCCUUAUCAAAUACAUUGUGUAGAACAGUUGACAAAUUACUGAUUAACCUAUCUUUUUCCUUUGUAAUGCAAGUUCAAGUUGGUUUGUGAAUGAAAUCAUACAUAUUUUUUUCUUCUACAUAAAUUUCUUUUAACCUUUGAAAGUCCACAAUAUAUUUCAUGGACACGAAAGGUGUUCGAUUUCUUAUUGUCUUGACCAAGGAAUUAUCAUUUCAUGCACUCUGUCUGUAACUGGAAAGGAUGACAGUGAGGAAAGGUUGAGCCACCAAAAGGACUCAUUAGUGAAAUUGUUUAUUCAGUUGGUCAGGGAUGUUUAACAUUUAUUACAUGGAAAAAUCAGGGAAUUUCAAAAAUUUAUGAUUUUGGCAACCAUGCCAUGGCUGUUGGUACCAUGAACAUUGUUAAGAGGUUAUAAAAGAUGAACAUUUACAUAAAAUUCAGAAUGCUAACUAAUUCUGUUCUCUGUGAUGGCACUUGCGCUUAUAUUUUUAUGUAAUGCAGGUGAUUGUAAAUGACUUAAAGUAAACAAUCAAAAGAGCAUAUAUUCCAUAGGCAUUAAGAUUGUUCUUAUCUAUUAUACAUUAUUCAGUCUAUUUGAACAUACCUAACCUUAUCGACACUUGAAGGAAGAAGUUGAAAGCAGGGCCAGAAAGGUAAUCCCGUGUAUUUUAAUCGCAUCUAAAUCUAACAUAACUACUCAGUGUAAACAAAAACAGUAGUUGUGAUUAAACAUGAUGAUACUAGUCUAAAUAAUGGUAUGAUGGCAACAACCAAUUUGAACUACAAUAAAAUUUCACAAACUAUCUUUAUGCAGCGUUCUGACAGUAUGUGAGGUGGAUUUUUCAAGGAAUACUCUCCUUAGAUAAAAAUAAAAACACAAGUGCAUUCAUGGAAUUCAGCAGGACAGAAAUGGGCAAUAAUUCUGCAGCUUAUGUAAAUAGACAUGUGUUAGAUCUUCUAGUCAAUGUUUACAGUGCAAACAGCCAUGAGGCAAUCAAGACUAAGUGAGAAAUUUAAAAUAGCCUGUAACUUCAAUCAAGUUGUAAGCAUGGCAUAUAUGCCUGACAACCUUAACUGUUAUGCCAAUAAUGGCCAGAGCUUCAACUGAUUAUUAUUUAAGUAGGAUAAUGCUGCUGCUAACGAUUUUAUUGUAUGAAAAAAAUUGGAAGAUUCAUCUACACUUAAAAUUAAAGCCAUUUUAUGAAUUGCGUGACAUUUCUACAGGAACAUCGCACUCUUUCAUUAGCUUUGCAUGAGGUAUUCUGUGGGAAUUCGAUAAAUAUUUCUGACUGACUGUGCUAGGCAGUCAGAAAUAUUUACCCAGUUGCUACAGUUCUAAUACCACAUGGAAUCCUUAUGAGAGUGUUCGAUGUUUGUUUUGAAAUGCAAGGUGGUUCAAAAAAUUACCAUCCUUUUGGGGAAAGAAUUUUCGAGCUUUUAAAUACCAUAAAAUCGCUAGGUCAGAGGUGUUCAUUAGUAUCGAAAACCUAACUAUUUUAUUGUACGCAGAAGCACGGAGAACUAUUAUUCUACCAAAACCCCAUUUUGUCCGAAUAAACCUGAUGACCUUACAGCAGUGACACUCACUUCUUUUAGUAAUGAAUGAAAGAAGUAAAGGAAGUUCAAAAACGCGUAUAGUGCCAGGAAAUAGGUACAAAUAGCGGUAAGGGAGACGAUGAGGAGGUGCUCUUAUUUCUCACCACAGAUACAGGCAAGACAAUUCCCGUUGUUGCUGAACCGAGCCCCACAGUUCCCCAGGGGGGGACUCAUGGUCCAACAACAGCCGGCACUGAGGUGUGGUGGAAUGUUCGUCUUCCUGACUACAUAACUCCCAUACAUUAUGACGUUGAGCUGCACAUUGACCUGGAGAAACUGGAGUUUUAUGGAGAUGUGGACAUCCAUUUGAAAGUUUCAAAACCGACUAAAGUUAUUCUUGUUCAUGUAAACUUGAUGAAUGUUACCUCUGCCUCAGUAGUUGAAUUUUCAAAUGAAGGUGAGCAGGUGUAACCAUUCUCCCACGAGUAAGUGUUGGACUCUUAGUGUGUAUAGUAAGACGCUUUGAAUACCAAGCGUUGAGGGCUUUCGUGUGGGGAGGUAAGGUCAGGGUGAGGGCGAAAUUGUGAGGAUGCAUCCGAUGCCGUUUGCUACACGGCUUUCAUUUCGGAAAUAAAGGAUUGUUACUGAAGUUCAUGCUUAUGAACGCAAUGUAAACGAUCGUCUCUUACAUUUUCGGAGUAUUUCAAUCAUUUUAAACAUUGCGCAGGUGAUACCUUAAGAAAAAAAUGCCACUACAUCGAGUUUGAUUUUACACUACUUCGAAAUGGAGAUGGCUCAAAACUGCCUGCAAUCCUCCCAUAAUUUGUGAUCAGUUUAGCUUCGUUUUGUUUUGUGUUGUUUGUUGCAGUCGUCAAGAGUGAAGACAUUUUGAAAAAUUAGUGAAGUUGAGAGCGCUUUAAUCGCGAAAUUUAAUGCCCUUUUUUCAUAUCGCGAAGAUAAAGUAUUUCUUGCUGGCAACGAUUAGCUAAUUUACAAGAUUUGCCUCCAAACUACAGCGGCAAUAUUUGCUUCAAGAUAAAUUUAUUUUUCCCACGAAAACCUUGGCACUUUUAAAAUCUUUCAAAACGCAACAAUUGUGCGUCUCUUAAAUGGCCUGUUGGGUUAGGGUUUGGCAGGAGUUUAUAUCAUGAGAUGCCAUUGUUUCUGUGGCUUUGUCUUGGCCUUUGGAUAUGAGUGAAAAUGUUUGCUUUUUUUAAAUGCACUUUUUCAAAUUUAUCAGAAUUACUUGAAAUACAGGACAAGUUCAAGUUCGACAAAAACCAGUUCUAUGUUCUUAUAAUGAAGUCACAUUUAAAGGAAGGUGAAUACAAAGUCAAGAUGAAGUUUAAGGCGUGGCUGAGGGAUGACCUCGCUGGAUUGUACAAGAGUACCUACAAAAGAAGGGAUGGAACAGAAGUGUAAGUUAUCUGCUGCAUUAUUUAUUUUUAUCAAACAACAUCAUGCCACUCAGGAUUAUCAGUGGAUAGGGAGGGGAUUGAAGAAAGGGGUAAAAGUCCGCGGAUCAGUCCUUACUGUAUCUAUAAAUGGGUAAGUUUCUAAAGAAACUGUGGUGCUGCGUCGGCGGGAGAGUAUAGCAGGUAAUUUAAUGUUAACAACUGGGUUGAAAACGUAAAUUAGCCACCGUAAAAGAUAAAAAAGCUGACGUUUCGAGCGUUAGCCCUUCGUCAGAGCUCUAACGAAGGGCUAACGCUCGAAACGUCAGCUUUUUUACCUUUUACGGUGGCUAAUUUACGUUUUCAACCCAGUUGUUAACACUAAAUUACCUGCUUACCAUAUCUAUUUAGUUUUUUCUGAUCCGAAUCUCAGCGCCCCGGGGGGAGAGAAGAUAACCCAUAUAAGUACAGUUACACCGACGGACCAACAGGGCUUCACUAUCCUUCAUUUUGCCUGCCAUAACAGCAACGGCUUUACCAGGAAGAAACAAGUCUCAAGACUUUCAUUUCUUUUGUCUUGUGUUACGUUCGGUGGUUUCUAGCCUUUUGUAGUUGAUCUGAUCUCCGACUCUUUUUUGUUCGUCGGAUGUAGUUGCCUCAAAAUUGCGGAAACACUCUCUGGGGUUGUCUACUCGUAUCGAUAUCACUGUCUCUUCGCGCUGACUCUUAAACUUGGCAUACUAACGAAAUGAAAUCUUAAUUCAAUAAUACAUCAACGAAGUUUUUAUUCAGUCCCGAGCCAGUUGGAAGACAUAUAACUUAAAGAAACUGUGGAGUACUCAGCCCCCUUGAAAAGUUGUGCACGCCAUCACUAACCGCGAGAGGACUGAUUUUGCUUGGCUGUGAAAGUGCCAAGAACCAUUAUCCCCAACGCUAUUAAACUAGUAAGGAUGGACAGUGUUUAUUAUUAUGUCUGUAUUGUGAUCGUAGGACAAUUGCAGCAACACAAUUUCAGCCGACAGAUGCACGAAGGACAUUUCCUUGUCUUGAUGAACCUGCCCUUAAAGCUACCUUCGCAGUGACUCUGGUUCAUCAUCCAAAGUAUAUAUCCAUAUCUAACAUGCCAAUCAACAAAACAGUCAAGAAGGAAGGUUGGCAGUUUGAUCACUUCCAGACAACCCCGAAAAUGCCAACUUACUUACUUGCAUUUGUAGUGUGCGACUUUUCAGGAAAGACUGUGACUUCCAAACGUGGCACAAAUGUAAGUACUUAAUUCAUUUUGUGCAUUAAGUGAUAGGAUGUCCUCAUUCAGUGACUUCAGUGUGUUAUCGAAUAUGUCCAAAGAGAUAGUGAAUGGGUAAUGACAGGGAUGGUUUAUAAAACCUGCUCAAUAAGUAAAAUAUAUUAGAAACGAAUAUGUAGGGACUGCAAAUGCAUAGCGUAAGGAUUUGCUCUUUUCAAACCCGUAGAGAAAGACUCAACAAAAAAUCUUUAAUGUGACUUGCGAUGAAAAUGUAAGCCACAUCUGCUGUUUCGCUUUCUUGGUAUCAAAAAAGAUAGUGUAUGAAAUAAGACUAAAUGAAUUUAUACGAUUUAACUGAUGCACCUUGGUGUGCUAUAAGUGAUUCAAAUUUCCCGUUUUUCUUCGGUAGAUGAGAUUUUAACAAUAAAGAUGAAUAGAAUAAAUGAUAGAUAAUAAUAAUUAUUGCUGUUAUUUUAUGGUUUAUUUAAUAGCUUAUUUUUCUUCGGUAGAUGACAUUUUAUGCUCCACCAGAUCAAAUUGAUCAAGUAGACUAUGCUAAAGAUGUUGGCGUCAGAAUGUUGAAUUACAUGGAAGAGUACUUCGGUAUUGAUUAUCCCCUGCCUAAAGCUGGUAAGUUUUUUACCAUUAACAUCCAUCCCUGCCUAAAGUUGGUAAGGUUUUUACCUUUAAAUUCAGUUAUUCAAGUCAAUGGCGUCCAUGUAAAGAAGUGGAUGUCGACUUUAAUAGAAAUUCAUGAACAUUUGAUUUAUUAGAAAUUAAUUUGUAAAUAAAGUGUUUUAAAUAAUUUACUUUCGAGUGUUUGUUUGGGGUUGGAGAAGGUGGGAAGGCUCAUUAGAAACUUGAUGCUAUGCUGAGAGCAGUGGCUUAUUAGAGGGGUCUUACGACACCAUUCAAGGUUUAAGACUGUAAUUUACUCACACCACCAGAACACUUGUUAGUGUUGCCUUUUGCAGGAAAGUCUUAGUAUUAGCUUAGGGUUAGGGUUAGGGUUGUCGCUGUGCAAGGAUUACUGUUUUUGAUUGUUGUUUUUUCUUUUUUCUAAAUGAAUUCCUGUUAUUACAUUGUGCAAAAUAUGAUACAAAUAAAUAAAAAAAAGAUCUUAGCUAUAACUCAGCCAAGAAUGUGCAUCUCUGAUAUAGAAUAUCAGUGGCACUGCACUUGUAAAGAUUUUGAGCAAGUCAUAGUAAAUUUUCAUUAUGAAUAACGAAUGUUUAUGUGGAUGUUUGUCUCUGUUUAUUUUUCUUCUUCUUUUCUUCAUUGUUAAAUGCGUUUCCUAUCACGAACGGAAUUGAAGUCAAAACUUUAUAGAAAAACUUGCCCUGAGGCUCCUCAAGCUAGCUCAUGGCCAUGUGACUUUAAGCCCCUGCCCCUUCACCAAAUCGAAAAUUGCCAAAUAGAUCAAAUGCACUAAAGAAGUUUGAAUUGUGCUCUAGUUCACCUAACAAGUUUCACCUUUUCAGACAUGAUUGCUAUUCCUGACUUUGCCGCCGGUGCUAUGGAGAACUGGGGACUAAUAACAUAUCGAGAGACAGCACUGUUGUACAAGCCGGGUGCUUCAUCAGAGUCGAACAAAAUGCGAGUAGCUUCAGUAGUGUCCCAUGAACUUGCUCAUCAGGUACAGGCAGUUUUAUCUUGAGGGGAUUUUUAAGUCAACAAUUGAGCCAGAGCUCAGUGCAUAGUUUUUCUUGGUGGCUACUGCCUCCUAUAGGAGGCGAAGUUACAUAUGUCGUCGAGAUAAUUGAGUGAGCGAGUGAGUAAGUGAGUUAGUGAUAAUAAGAUUAAAAUUCCGAUUUUGACCCAGUGCUACUUAUUGUUUGUUUCGCAGUAUCUUAGUCGUUUGACAUUCGCACUCGAUACACAGUUGAGUUCUUACCUUUUCUGAUUUCUGGGUGACAGCUACUAACACCUCAUGUUAUCAUCCUUGUUCCUACUGUGGCUACUGCCUUCUAUAUGAUAGGAGGCAAAGCCACUAAGUUACGGGGAUAAGUGAGUGCGUGAUUGAGUGAGUGAUUGAUGGUAAGUUACAAUGGAACUCUGAUCUUGACCCAGAUUUAACCCAAUGUUUCCCGAUUCUGCUGCUUUUUUUUUGGAGUAUCUUAUCUUACUUGCCCUACGGUCUCGUGCAAUUUUGUUGUUUUUGAAAAGUUUACUCGUGCUUAUUUACGCCAAUUGCAUUUGGAUCAUGUUAUUACCUAUACACAUAAAACUCCCUAUGGAAUUGAAUAUGGAUACGUUGAAAUUCUUUUGCUCAGUUUCUCAAAAUAAAAUUUACCUGGCUUGGGUUGAAAACCAACCCGAAAAGCCAGAAACCCUUUACGGUGGCCAAUUAACAUUCUACACAGUUUAUAAAACGAAUAUUAACUGAUAAUUUAACUCAUGCUAAGAAAUUUUCAAGACUUCAGUGUGGUGAAAUCAUUGUAAAGUACCGUUAUGUAAGCGGAACUAAAAUUACUAGGGUGGUAAGUUUGUGUUAUGCGUAAUAGUAAACAGAGAAUAAAAAUGACUAUUUGGUGGUGAACAGGUUAAAGUCCAAGCCAUAAGAAAGUUUCCCUAUUGGAAACGGAAAGGAAUCAUUUCAAUAUUCUCAUCACUAAUGAAAAAGAAUGACGCCGUAAAUUUUUUUUAGUUUGUUUAAAGGAGAUUAUUGCCCGUGCAUUUGUAAUGGAGGGGAGGCAUAUAAACAGCAAAGAAGUUUCUUCUCAUUUUUCAUAGCUCCGGAACUAAAACUUACCUCAUGCAAACAGCAUCACGAGCAGGUUAAAGAAUAUCUACAGAUUUUAAAUAAAAUUAUUUAUUGGUUUUGGUUUCAAGUAGUUUUCAUUUUUAUGGGUAUUUUCCAUCGCGAGCAUUAGUAUCUUAUACAUAUUUAUAUUUCAUGCUGAUUCUAGAAGGUAGCGAACUCCCAGCCCCCAACCCCUUUAUUCCUUUGUCUUUGGCGGUUAACUUGAUUUGAUGUUUAUUUUAGUGGUUUGGUAAUUUGGUCACUAUGGAAUGGUGGGAUGAUCUGUGGCUCAACGAAGGCUUUGCUAGCUUUGUGGAGUAUUACGGUGUCAAUGCAACAGAGCCUGACUGGAAAGUGGUAAUGUUUGUCCUUCAGCGUAAACCAUUUUGUUUUACCUAUCCUUCGGGCACGAAAGGUGAAAGUACACUUGAAAUGAUGCGAAGUACUCAAAGGUGCUUCAAAUCUUGAUACCUGAAAUCAGGUGUAUUUUCCGCUUUCACUUCAGAGGUUUUAUAUAUGAUCCGUUAGGCAAAGUAUAUACUGAAACUUAGAUGUAAUAUAAGAAUACCAGAGUUUUGUUACUUUUGUCCUCACCACAGUUGGAUCAGUUUGUGGUAGCAGAUUUGGUUUAUGCAUUUUCAUUGGACGGCCUAGCAAAUUCCCAUCCGAUCAAAGUGCCAGUAUAUCAUCCUGACGAAAUCAAUGAGAUAUUUGACUCCAUUUCAUAUAAUAAGGUAUGCCUGUACAAAAGUCGCUUAGAACAUUAACUAAUUUGUGAUCAUCACUUACACUCCAAAGCAAACUCGCCUACGUCGUCCUACUUCUCUAACCCUGGUAAUGGCAUCACUAUUGAACGAUGGCAUAGAAUUUUGAAAUGCCGAAUAUAAAUCUUAAGUGCUAAAUUAAAUAUGCGUAGGUAGCUUUAAAAGAGGAAAAUAUCACAAAGACAUUCCACUGAAUGUUUAAAUUUAAGAUAAGUAAAACAAGAGCUGUCCGUCUGAAACUAACUGGUAAUUUAGUCUUAACAACUGAGUUGAAAACCAAAUUGGAAGGGUGGAAAGGCUGACGUUUCGAGCGUUAGUCAGCCUUUUCACUCUUUACGUGGCUCUGACGAAAGGCUAACGCUCAAAACGUCAGCCUUUUCACUCUUUACGGUGGCCAAUUUACGUUUUCAACUUAGUUGUUAACACUAAAUUACCUGCUAUACUCUCCCACCGACGCAGCACCACAGUUUCUUUAGAAACUAACCCCCUUUAUUCAUUCGUCUGAAACUAAGUCGCGCGUUGCUGCUGUGAUACAAAGAAGCCUGCCGUAUUUAGUAUUCGUGGUGAAUCCAUUUUGACCUUCAUGGCUGUAGGGUUUCAAACGUCGGGCUACUGCCAUUAGUUGAAUUUGGGUCUCAAAAGUGUAGGUUCUCACGUCAGAAAUGCGAUGUUUUAAAUAAACCUAAGAAGUAAAACCUGACUUUGCUCUGGAUUUUUAAUUGGCUCUUGGAGUUUAUAAUUUAUAUAGCAUAAUUAAUCAUUUACUGGGAAAAAAAGGUAUCUGAAUGUAUUUCCUCUAUGUUAUUUUAAUUUAGCUGUUUGAACUGAAAAUAUAUAAUCUUUAGAACCCAAAGUAUGUAUACACUUGUCGCAUAUUUAAAUGUUUGGUUUCAAAGGAAGGGCAGUAGUUUGGUUGGCUUAGUUACACGGGUUUAAUCCAGAUUACUUUUGCUUCAACAAGUCAUUUCAGUUACUUUUCAUUUUUCCUCUGCAGGGUGCAUCAAUCAUUCGCAUGCUUCAGUAUUUCCUUGGACGCGAUGUAUUUUUGAAGGGCUUAACAGUGAGUAUAGUCUCCAAUAAGCGAAGAUCAAUCCGAGCUUAGAGGAAACAACACGCUCAAGAAAAUUUGAUCGGCAGCAAAGAGCGCAGCAUAGAGGUUAACACGCAGAAACAAUUUGUCGGUGCAGUAGGGUUGAACUAAAAGCCUUAUACCUGAAAAAAACAGGCUUUUGUAACGGACCAGUUAAAGUUAAUCAACAGCAUCGUGAAUAUUCAGAAAUAAACUGCUCAAACAGCUAGCUUUAGAUAGUCACACAAGUUCUCCGUUGUUUCGCUCUUGUUUGUUGAGUUCUGAUUUGGUUGAGAAAACAGUCUUGAUGAAAAUUUCAAUGAGAUGUUUUCUCAGACAAGUCCGUCUAUUUCAAUUAAAACCUUAGCGCGUAUGCUAAGAACUGUGGAAGCAAAGACAAUGAAAUAAACAAUGUAUCAAAACAAAUGGAAGAAGUUCGGUCACGCAUUGCGAGCGCGAUCCUGUGGACACUUGUAGAGAUCAAGACAAAUGUAAUGAGGUGAAGCUAUCUACAAGGGCCAAUCAACGUGCGCAAAGUGAUAUAAAUGAACGAUUUGAGCAGAGCUAAAUUGUAAUUUGUUUUGUACUACCAAUUAAGGUUGCUCUCCAAAAGAUUUGAUUGAGUUCGAUUGCCAAACCCAACUCGCCCUAGAUUGAUCAAAGAUUGUAGUACGAAAUAGAGAAAUGAUUCUCGUAGGUGAGCUAUAGUUUAAGACCUUUUGCAAUAUCUUUCAUGGAGCAUACUAGGACCAUUUCUUUACCUCUACAUCAUCCGAAAGUCCGAAAAAUUUCUUUUUAUGUCAGUUAAUUGAGAUUGAAGUUGGAUUACCAAGCUUUCGCUUGUUUUCGCUGGAAAAGUAAAUUGUAUAGCGACAAUUUGUUUCCUCUAGAACUAUCUGAACAAGUAUAAGUAUGGGAAUGCUGUGACAGAUGAUUUGUGGAAAGCUCUUGCAGAGGUAAUCCUCAUUUAUAUUCAUUAUUCUUUUUUUUUUUUUUUGUUACAGCUUUUGUGCUUAGACCAUUUAGGAAAUGUUAAUUUUUAGCUUUGUUGCGCCUCGUGAAUAGAGCUCACUGAGCCGUUUUCAAUCCUGUGUAAGGUGUUCAUUUAAAACUGAGUGAUAAAAGUGCAGGAUGAAAGAAGGAGGAGGCUUGGGUCAAGCCACACAUCCCAAUCCCCCCUCUUUUUUUCAUGAAACGCUUCCGUCGCGCCCCGUCUACCGAGUGAAUGCUUGGGAAAGGCAAGCCGUUCUCGUGAUUUGCCUCGAGUCUCCCAACCAGAGGUGGUGAAAGACUUCAAAUCCGUCAACUAAAAUAUUGAACUAUUUACCUUCACUCGCAUAAUUGCAAAGUUACAGCCUUUGUUUUUUGUUUGGUCAGGAAAGUUGUGCUCAGGGAAAAUGUGUAAGCGUCAAACAAAUGAUGGAUACCUGGACUCUUCAAAUGGGCUAUCCAGUGCUGAACAUCACAGCAAAAUCAAAUACUGUACAGAGAGUUUCACAGGAAAGGUUCCUCUAUGACCGAAGUUCCAAUAUUACCUCAAAAUACUCGAGCCCAUUCAAGUAAGAAAAUCAAGCUUAUGUUAUUCAAUGAUUUUUUACGUGUUUAUUUAUUCAUCCAUGUAGUGAAUAUGAAGUUUGACACCUGAACAUCAUUCACUUACGCCCCAUAGUUUCAGCAAAAAUAUGCUACAGCGCGUAAGAUUCUUGCAAUUUAUGACAAAGGAGUUCAAUAAAAAUGCCCUUUCCUCGAAAAUCUGUUUAUCCCCAAAGCAUCAGUGGGCGAUAUGAAAAAAAACUUGUGAAAGAUAAGUCGUUCCAUUCAAGCAGGUCUUGUCCUUUGUUUUAUGGAGGUUACACCCACUGAAAGUUCGCAGUCUCAUAGACGAGUUCGUCUAAGAAAGUUUAACGAGUUUAACCCCAUCUUUACCAGUACGCCCCUAAAUCCGAACAGCUUCUAAAAUACUUUUAUUUAAAUGUAAAAAUGAUAAAAGAAACGACGCCCGUCACUUGGAAUGAAAAGUAGUAAGUGUUACUUAAACAGAAUCGACACUGAACAAAGUUUGACUCCACCUAUCUUCUUUCCAUACUAAAUAAACAAGGUUAACUCCACAAAUCAUACGUCAUAUUUCAACUAAAAUAAGUUUAAAAAAUAAAAUAAAUAAAUAAUAAUAAUAAUAAUAUAAUAAAAAAUAUAUUAAAAAAAUAAUAAUAAAAAUAAUAAAAAAUAAGUCAAAAAUGACGCGCCUUGUUGAAGUCGAUCUAGAGGGAUUGGAAACUUCUGCUAAUUUGUAAGAUUAAGUAUUUUUGUUUGUCGGUGGUUAAGGUUCUCGACGCUAACUCUCGAUCUGCGUAAUUGCGGGGUAACAAGCUCUUUUAAGUUUCACGCAAACGCAAGCUUAAAACAGUGCAAAACCUUAAGCAUGAGGACAAGUGUUACUUUAUAUUACUUUUGCAGUCGUGUGCGAGAUAGCACAACUAAGAAUUUGCUUUUUGAUAAUACUUUGUUGUGUUAAUUUUUAGUCGAUUUUAACGGUGAUCAUGUAUGAUUUCGUCAGAAAAGGAGCACGCUCUACCGUAGGUAUGAAAGUUGAAAGAUUUGGGGGCGAUCUGGCGAAAGUGGGUGUAAGUCUUGCAUGUAUUACAAUUGAAGACCUUGUGAAGGGGCGAACUCGGAGAGGAAGUGGCGAACUCGUGCUGCGACUUGUUAGUAAACUUACCCAGAGAAGUGAAUUAGUUGAAUUAUAAAUUUAUUUUUUAAGUAUUUGUGGUGACCUAAGAAGAAAUCUUAAGAAAUUAGCCUUCUAACGGAAGUGUACCGUUAAGCCUCGACUUAAUGCACUAGAAAGUAUUUAAUCGCCUACGGGGGAGUCAUUAAUUUGUUUAUCCAUAUCCACAGCUAUACGUGGGUUGUACCAUUUACAUACAACACAAAAAACUCCGCUGUUACUGUGUCCAAGCCUCUAAAUAAGACUUCAGGUGAGAAAAGCUUGUCAGUCCUGAUAAGUUAGUAAUAAUCUCAAUGAUGAUAAUGCCUGGCUAGCGUAGGUGGUAGAGCGCUGGACUGCUUACUUCAAGCCCGAUGUCUCCUUCAGCUCCUGCUUUACCUUGACUUCCCUAAAAUCCUUUCACCAGGAUAUCCCACAGUUCCUUGCCUUCCAUGGGGCCCAGGAUCUCCCUGAAAGAGACAAACAGUUUUGAAUGGACUGCCCUUACGAAAUGUAAAAAAAAAAAAAAUAUAUAUAUAUAUAUAUAUAAAGAUAAAAAAAAAUGAGGUUUUGAACAGACUGAGAAUAAUGAAAUAUACCUUCUAGUCCUAUAUAUUACUAAACAAAAUUUCGAAACUAAUACCUCCCAAUCACGGCGGUCAACAACAAGUUCGAACCAGAGCCCUGCAGUGUAGGAAUCUUGAGCGUAAAAGUUAUGGUCACUGAAACAUUUGUGGCCGUGGUGCUCUACAAAAUAAUUUCAAAAGAAAAAAGCAGCAACAAGAUCAGCGAAAAUAAGUAUGGCUGCUACUCAGCCCUGACUAAUAGCUAUUUAAAUACGGUAUGUACUCGAUUUUACACCGCAGAUGGAAGCGAAACAACCAGUAAACGCAAGCCUUUAAUGGACCCGUAUCCAAGCGAAAGAAUGCCAUUUAUUUGAGGUCUAUGAUAAAAACAUAUUUGCAAAAGCGGUAGAACUUGCUAAAAUGCUGGAACGUUGGAGCUUAAAAGAUGUUUCUGCUUUGCAAAUGUUUAACCCUAAUUUUUGCCGCUGAUUUAGCAAAUAAGGUUUUAAAUCCGACGCCGCCCUUGAAUAGACGUUACAUCAGAAACGUUCAUAAAUUAGUAAACGCCGCAGCGGUUCAUCGAAUUAAUAAGGAAGUGUUAAUAUGUUUGUUUAUGUUUUCAGUGGAAAUUACUUGGGAUGGGAUUGGUUGGAUCAAAGGCAAUGUGGGUCAAACAGGAUUUUACAGAGUCAACUACGAACAAGCGCAGUGGAGUGCAUUAACAAAUCAAAUGGAUACCGAUUACACAGUAAGUAACUUAAUUGUUCUUGUUCAUGGUGACGAUCUUUAUGGCAUUGGUAAUGUUUUAUGUUGAUGAUACUUUAUUAAAUUUUUGGAAGAAAUUUGACGUAAAGGAUCGUGCAGGACUGAUGGAUGAUGCGUUUAAUUUAGCCAGGUAAAUAAUUAUUUACUUUUCUGAAAUGUAUUUGAACGUAGAUGACAUAAAACAAUAACAAAAUUAUACUGCAGUUUUUUUUUGUCGAACGAGGUUCCCAGCUAAACGAAAAGCGGAAGGAAAGGGCGUUAGAUAUGAGGAGUGCUGCGAUUAUUUGGAGGGAUAGACAAUGUAAUUUACUAUGCCAUUCGACGCAGGUCAAACAAAGCUUCGAUUGGUGAGGGAUAUGACGUUUUCUUCAGAAUCAGUAUAGCGGCCCUGUUUUUUUAGUACAUUUAAGUAUAUAUUGGUAGCAUAGAUAGAGCCGUGAAAUAUUGCUCUUUUGGAGAGCGAAAGUGAAUUUGCAUCUACGAAUUGACCGGGAAAACGUGGUUACUUUUUAUUGGAAUCAUACAUCUGUUGGAGAAAUCAAAAGGAUUUAUUAAACUAAAUUCAUUUUAAUUUUUAUCCAGGGGGGGUUAUAUCAAGUACACUAUUCCGCUAGACUUCACCAAAUACCUGGCAGAUGAAGAUGAAUAUGUACCGUGGAAAGCAGCCAGCCAUAAUCUUGGCUUUAUAUCCAGUAUUGUGCCACAAUCAAGCUCAGCCUAUAAGUACCUAGAGGUUUGUACAUGUCCAGUAAUGAACUAAGUCAAGGGUAGCCGAUGUUGGUUUGUUUCCUUGCAAGUGUAAUUACUCAUUAAAAGUCUUUAAGACGGUAGCUCGCUAAAUUCCCAGCCAUCUCAUUUGUGAAAGUUUUUGUCCGUUAUCAAAUCGACCAUUUAGAAAUCAAUUAUGUCGCACAUAAGAUUUUACAUCUUCCUGUGCACUCUUCUAAAACCGAGGCGUGAGCGUAACGUGAAUGAAAGCCAUUAAUACAACAUAGAAUGGAACAUCAUGCAUAAGUCAUUCAACAGCCAUCCCCACCGCAUGUUCCCAGUCUCAUUUAAAAGCGAUUUUCAUAAUUAUUUUAAGAGAUCGGGAAAAGACAUUCAUAAGUUCAGUGCCACGAGGAGAUGGGGUCACUAGUCCUUAACUUUAGCUCUAAUCUUUAGAACAGUUUAGAUUUCUCUUCAGGAGAAGUAGAGUCACUAACUCCAUUUAGGUGUGGCCUGUUUAAAGUCGUGUUACAAUUUGUAUUGAUAUCCCUUACUUAUUCUCCUUUUGCGUGCAUUUUUUUUAAUUUCUUACAUCCCGGUAUUUAUCAGCUAGUUUUUAGUCUUAGCGUAGUGUUCUUUUAUGUGAGGACCCUUUUGUACUUAAUUGUGACGGUGGUUUCCUCAAAAAAGAUAAUUAUUAUAAUUAAAAAGGAUAUCUUUGAAGGAUAUAUUUGUCGUUAAACAUGAUUAGUGAUUCAAUUGAUUGAUAAAUGAAAGGGCCAGUGUUAGGGUUAGGGUUUUCCUCUACCCCAAGACAUACAUUAAUAUGUUUUUAACUGCUGUUCUGUUGCAGAAAUAUCUCCAGCAUCAGGUCAUGAAGGAAUACCAGAAGCUUGGCUUUUCAGACACCGGAGAUCACCUUGAAAAGUAAAUUUGAGAUUUCUUAUUUUAAGUUCCAUCAUAUCUAAUUCAUUCAAGCUUCUGAAUGAGCUCUUAUCUUGGGAGCAAAUGAAAGCUAAAGUAUAAUGCUAGUUAAAAACUUAAGAGUCAUCAAUGUCAACUGAGAAUUAACCAAAGACCGCUAAGUCAAUAUAUGCUAAUAGUUGAAGUUUCAUGCAAAAGAAUAAACGAGCCACGAUGUAGUGUAAAUUAAUGAUUGAUUAGCUCGGGUUAUUUCACUUUUGCUAGACUGUGCUCUGUUUGUGUGUCGAGAUUCGGUUUAAGCUCGAUGAAGUAUGGCAUUUCUUUAUUGAGUUUGCACAACUUUUAUUUUCCCUUGAUAAUGAUUCUGUUACAAUAUCUAAAAGCUGUACACAGAUAGGAAUCUGUGCGUAAAACUCAACUCAGUUGUAUGCUGAUUAGCAAGUAAAAUCCAACUGGAAUUCAUGAAGUGGCGUUAAAAACCAAUUGAUACGAUAAACUCUAUUAAGAUAGUUGCUGUUUAUUUCUCGAUUUUUUCCUAUUGGUAUGCCUCAUUUUUCAGGUACAAAAGAGGUAUAGCACUCAAUAUAAUGUGCGGCGCUGGAGAACCCUCGUGCCUCAAGAAUGCAUCAGAUUACUUUAAAAAAUGGAAAGAGGAUCCCAUCAGUAAUCCGUAAGUUCAGUUGGUUUAGUCAGAAAAUUAAAUGAUCGUUAAAUGAAGACGAAAUGGUCAAUUGUUGAGGUUCCUUGGACUUCAUCUGGUUUGGUAAUUAAGUAGUUUUCUCUAAAGGCACGCCAUUGCACGAGGUUAGCCCAAACCCUAAUGUGAAUGAGACCAAAACAAUUAACGGUUAGUAGAUUCACACUCGAUUUGACUGGUGCGGUAGGUGAUUAAACUGUCAGAUUGACGAACAAUUCAUUAAUCGAUCUUUCUUACGUAGCUGAACUUCAAUAAAAUAUAUUCAUUGUAGCAGGACACGUUCAGCCUCAAACGAUAGUUUUGUAACAAUGUCAUGGGGUCGGUAAUAAGCACACACUUACAUGUUUUAAGGAAAAUACUUACAGAAAAGCUCCAGGCUCUUUUAGAGGUUCUUUUAAUUUUUUGGAACUUUGUUACCAUUCGACGAUUUGCUUGAUUCAUUAACAAUUUUUUUUCCAGCGUUCCGGCCAAUUUUCGUUCACUGGUUUACUUUUAUGGUAUAAAAAACGGUGGGGUAGAGGAAUGGGACUUUGCUUUUAAACAGUUUCAAAAGACAACUGUGGCGAGUGAGAGAAGAAAGAUCUUGUAUGGUUUGGCUGGUGCUAGUGAGCCCUGGAUUUUGAGCAGGUUAGUAUGGUAUUCACCAUCGGGGUCACUUCCACAAACAAAUCUCUUUGUUGAAGAAUAACCACCCCUUAGGUAUUAAAUCUUAUUUAAGAAAAUUUACUGAGAACAUAACGAAAAUGUUAAUGUUUUGAUUGCAAUACGUCUAAGCAAUAGGCAAUAAGUUUUGUUUUAAAUGCGCUUUACUUGGUUAGAUAUGCUUAAUAUUGUCUAGACCAUAGUGAGUGAGUAAUGUUUUGCGUUUCGCGGAUCACGUCUUCUUUCAGGCUUACCAUCUCGUAAGUAGUAUUUCGUUUCGUUCCGUUUGGUUUAGUUUCCUUUAUUCAAAUCUUAUUGUUUUCAUUUUAGUCAAACCAGAUCAUACGAAAUCAAAUCUUAUUGUUUUCAUUUUAGUCAAACCAGAUCAUACGAAUCAGAUUAACCAGUUCGUAGAGGUGUCGAGUCGAACAUUUAUCUACAUGAUGAUAUGUGCUGAUCAGCGUGGGAAAAACAUCCUAAAAAAACAACAACAAAACAAGAGAAGGCGGACAGAAGCUCUCUGUGUGUAAACCAUGAUAGAUUGGAGCCCUUUGACUUUUAAGAAAAAAGAUUGGAAAUUUACCAUACUCUAUUUCGUGCAUUCCAGUUUUAUUUUUAAGUUCAAAACUUCUGAAUUGAAUUUGCUUUUACUUUUAAACAAAAUGAGAGAGAUAGUCAAUUUUGGACGUGGUAGUGAAUAAGAGAAAGAUGUUUUUCUCCUUGUCACGAGCGUGAGACAGAAUAAACUCCGAGUCCCCUUAAGGAGUCGAAACUCCGCGCUUCAAUGCUCUACCACUGAACCACAGUGACUCGACGGUGAUUUAAACCAUGACAAGGUUUCUUUGUGACAAGCUUCCCGCUAACAGCUAGGAUCAGCAAUGUCAAUUGAAUUGUUAAACCUGUCAUGAAAAUUAUGUAUUUCAUAGUGCACGGAUGAUUCUUGUGUUUAUCAUUCGUAAUUACAAGCGAAGUCUACGAAUUGAAAGUAUAUUAAUGGUAUCGCUGUUGUAGCGCACUAUGUGAAAUAAUUAUCCGUCAUGUUAAAGGCGAACUCAGCAAUGAUUUUAUUUCAGCCUAUCAAACCUGUAUGAACAGCUACCUUUCUUACGCGACCAGCUAAUUCCUUUUUAGGAUUGUUGUUGUAACACCAUCUUAACACUGAACUCUGCGAUGAGAGUUACUCGUAGAUGAAAUGCACUCCAUACGAACCGUGAACUAGUUUGACUGUAAGGGCUAUCCGUGCGUAGUCUCUGUAACGUUUAACUCUAUGUUAUGACUGAGAUUUUUGUUUGUAAGUCACAUCUUUUUAUUGAGACUUUCCAAUGUUUUUUCAUGGUCAACUGGGUGAUGGGGCUGGGGGCGGGAUCUUGCAAAUCACACUGUAAUUUGCUUGAGAGUGCAGGGUACUCACGGGUUUUCACUAAGCAUAGGUUAUACAGAUUUUACGGUCAUAACAUUGUAACGCUGUUCCCAGAGUAACACAGUUGAUUUCACUUUGUCAAUGAAUUGUCCUUUUUUUCAAGGUACUUGCGAUACUCGAUCACUCCAGACAAGAUUAAGUCACAAGACACUUCCAGAGUUUUAUCAUAUGUGGCUAACUACAACCCUAAUGGACGGCUGUUAACUUGGCAGUUUCUCAAACUGAACUGGGCCGUGAUUAAGGAGAAGUAAGAAGUGAAUUGUAUCAUAUCAUGAGUUGAAACGCGAUGGGUAUAGUUCUGACAACUAUUUGUACCCAUGUUACGCGUGAAACUAAAUGUAAUCCACCUAUUGAUUCCUCUCUCAAGGUUUGGUGGUGGUUUCUUUGCCAUAAGGAAUAUAAUCCUCGGUGUGACAUCAGGAUUUUCCACGGAGUAUGAACUCGAAGACGUAAGUUAAUAAAUUCACUCAAAUUCACCAGUUAUGGGUCGAAACUUGGAGAAUAUUUUCCCUCUUUCAUCGCGAAAAGAGUGGAGAAUGUAAUGCACGGAUAUGUCAAAGUUGGCUUUAUAAGAGAUCGAUAACUGGGAAGGAGGAUGUUACUGAGCCCACCAUACUUAGUAUUCAUCUGCCUCAUCUACUUCUGUAAGAAUUGCAGUCGAAGAGGAAAAGUGGGGCGAGAAAGGUAUCAUGAGGUAGAACUGUGCCGUAAUGGUUACCGAAAAACCAUUGACCCCUACAAGUAAGGCCAACAAACGCAGAGAACCCGGCUAGAUGCUUGUAUUACGUUUAUAAUUUUCUUUUAAUUUCCUUCAUGCCAGCUUAUCACUGUUUUUUUUUUCCAUUCGUACAAUUCUGCAAAGCUUAGCUCAGAUAUUUCGAGCACUAAAACCGGCCACUAAAUACCUAUCCCCUAAAAAAUGCCCUUAAAGAAAGCUUAAAUUACUCUUAGUAGGUAGAGGCGUACAAAGACAAUUGAAUUAAGUUUUUUCUUGUGUUUUUAAUCUCGUUCAGCUAAAGGAGUUCAACCGGAUGCACUCUGCUGGGUCAGGAACGCGAGCACAACAACAGGCUGAAGAGGGUGUCAUGGCAAACAUUCAGUGGCGCAAAGAAAAUGAACAGGAUGUGGCGAAAUGGCUUAAAGAUUUUCUUGUAAACAAAAACAUACCACUCAACUAGAGGGCGC